AGACGUGCCAGGGAAAAGGCCCGUCAGGAGAGAAUUAGAGAAGCUGAACGACUGAAGAAACUAGAGGAGAAGAGAAAACGUGAAGAGGAAGUGCUGGAGAAGCGUCGUCAAGAGGAGAAGGCCAGGGCUGAGGAACGCAUCAGAAAUAUGAAAAGAGAAGAGGAAUUGCUUAAGCAAGAACGGUACAAAGCAAGGGCCAAGCAUGGGAAUGAGCACUUGUCCAAGACCGAGUAUUUUGAUAAGUUGUCCAAGCUGCAAAAUGAAUCAACAGCAAUGGCUGAGGAACGUAAUAAACUUACAGAGGAAUCAGAAAGAUUGGCCAAGAAAGCCACUCUCAUUAGAAACUCUGCCGAGAAUGCUUUUGCAAAGGCCAAGCUCAAAUACGAACGAGAAAUGGAAAAGUCCAAGCUACAGUUUGAAAAGGCAUUGGCCCUUGAUUUGGAGUCCGAUGCGAUUCAUGAGAAUUUACUGGAUGCUUUGGACCAGUACGAGGAACUGACGAGUAUUUACACUGAAAAGUACGGUGUUCCUGAUGAUGAGAUGGAUGAAGAAGAUGGAGAUAGCGAUACGGACGAUGACAUUGUAAAGGAUGAAAUCCCAAGUACAUUCAACAAGAAGGAUACAUCUACAAGUGCAUCGUCAACUUCACCAAGGCCACUAUCAGCGAAUGAAUAUGUCCAGAAAUACGGCAGUCCUUUGAACAAGGGGAAUGGAUACACUGAGACUUCUCCUCUUAAAUUCAAUUGGACAGCCAACUCUGAUUCUUCAAAGUCUCCUAAUUCGUCCAACUUGAACACAAAUGUUUCCAGCCCAAGUACAGCUAAGUCCAACACGACAAGAAGGCAUGCAAGUGGGGUCAAACAUCGCACGACACGGAGAACUCAACAAAGAACAACUCCCCAGUCACACUUUACAUUUGCCACACCCUCAACCCUUGUCAAUAACAGUCAGAACUCAUCUACACCACAAAGGUCGGAGCCCUCAUCGGCCGAAUCAGCUUCCGCCAAAUCUCCACUCUUUGGCAACACAUCCGAUAUAAGUCACCCCGAUACAUCCUCAACGAAAUCUACAACAUCUUCAACCUUUUCCUUUGAUACGACAGCUACGGCAUUUGCAGCUACGAAGACGGCAAUGCCAUUCUCAUUCGCCUCAAAUUCCACAGAGUCUGGUUUCAAAUCAAGCUUCUCAAAUUCAGCACAGCCGGCAUUUGGAAUGAAUUUUACAUUCUCAAGCUGAGGCCCUAGGCCAUCUCUGGACAGUUAUUUAGCAAGCUUGAAGUAUUCGGUC